CUGCAGUGUCCCUCCGCAAGUACUACAUGCUACAGGGAUACCAAGAUGGAAAUCCAGGGGCCCGUGGGGCAGCAAGAUGGCGGAUCCAGGCUUACAGUGCCGGCGCUGGUCGAGGGCUCUGAGGAUGAGGAAAAGAUCGCUUCGAUCAAACAGGAAGAAGAUGAGUGCCCGGUGUACAUGGUCCUCAACCUGAGCGAGGAGGAGGAGGAGGAGGAGGAGGAGGAGGCGGUGGCUGGGAACAAUGGGAGCCCUGACCCUGCUAGACCCGGGUCCACACGGGAGCUGCUUCCUGGGUAUGUGACAGUCCGUCUGGAGAAUGGGGUGUUCACACUGAGAGGCAGAGGGCCCCCUGUGGCCCCAGAUAUUGGUGAAACCCAGGAAAGCAGGCCCCAGGUUCAGGAGGACCACCAAGUGUCAAAUCACCCCCAGGAGGACUGGGACCCAGAAAUGUCCCCCCAGGGGGAACCAGCUGGCUGUCCUCCUGCUCCCCAUCCUGAGGGCUUGGAACAUGUAAACCUGGCCUUCAGGGACCCAGUGGAUGAGCAGGUCACUGGCUUCCUUGUUGGAGAUAUUGGGGAGCUCCAGGUCAACCUUGGGGAAGCUUUGGACUUUGGGGAAGCUUUGGACCUUGCCAGAAAGGGGGUCCUGUUGGUGUUUCGUUGCCCAGAACCCGGCUGUGCCAAGGCGUUCGACCGCAAGCAGCAGCUCAAGGUUCAUCUACUGAGCCACACCGAGUCCCAGCGACCCUUCAAAUGCACCAUUGAUAACUGUGGAUGGUCCUUCACAACGCUCUACAAACUGAAGAGGCACCUGCAGUCCCAUGACAAGCAGCGGCCAUUCUCCUGCAAUGUCCUGGGCUGUGGCAAGAGCUUCACCACAGUCUACAAUCUCAAGGCCCACUUGAAAGCCCACGAACAGGAGAACAGCUUUCGCUGUGAAACCUGCAGCGAAUCCUUUCCUACAUCCACCAAGCUCAGUGCCCAUCGGAGAACCCACUUCGAGCCCGAGAGACCCUACAAAUGCGAGUUCCCUGGUUGCGACAAGACUUUUAUUACGGUCACAGCUUUAUUCUCUCACCACAGAGCUCAUGUGAGGGAACAGGAACAAUAUGUGUGCUCUUUCCCUGGCUGUAACAAGCAGUAUGAUAAGGCGUGCAGGCUGAAAAUUCACCUGCGGACUCACACAGGUGAGAGGCCUUUUAUCUGCGACUUUGAAAGCUGUGGUUGGUCGUUCACAAGCAUGUCAAAGUUAUUAAGGCACAAAAGAAAACAUGACAAUUACCGGCGGUAUCACUGUCCAGUGGAAGGUUGUGGAAAAUCGUUCACUAGAGCUGAGCAUUUGAAAGGCCACAGCAUAACACACCUUGGUACAAAACCGUUUGAGUGUCCUGUUGAUGGCUGCACGGCCAAGUUCUCUGCUCGAAGUAGUUUAUAUAUUCACGCCAAAAAACACCUGCAAGACAUAGACGCUUCAAAGACACGUUGCCUUGUAUCCAGCUGCAACAAAGUGUUUACAUCUAAGCAGAGUCUGAAAUCUCACAUGGUUAAACAGCACAACAUCAGCCCAGACCUAUUGAUUCAGCUGGAAGCAACUAGUUCCCUCACCCCCAGUAGUGAACUGACAAGCUCAGGACAGAAUGACCUCAGUAACUUAGACCUCUCCUCCCUCUUCUCCGUGUCCUCUAAUGGACCUGGGAUCUCAGCAGAUCUUACUCUGGUUAACUCAGGAAUACUUACUAUUGAUGUGUCAUCUGUGGGAUCUACCCUGGGAGGGAAUGUAUCGGUCAACAAUAAUUCUUUGAUGCAUCCUGUUGACCCUUUGGUGUUGGUGUCCAACAAUGAAAACCACCCCAGUUUGGAAAGCUCCCUACUUCUUGGAGCUUCAACUUCAAUCCUUCAGCAGAGCACUUUACAGCUGGAUGACGUACAAACUGUGAAUGCUGAGGCUUUGGGCUCUUUGGCAUCUUUGUCCAUGAGAGGCUCCAGCCAGGACAUACACGGACUUACAUCCAGUAACCAUCUAACCAUAGAUCCAUCCACCCUGACUCCCUCUGUCACCUUUGCUUCAGGCAGCUCAAUGCCAGAAUUACUUACGCCAGUUAAAGUGGAAAGAAGCUCACUGCCAGGUCCAGAGGUGGUAGACCAGCAGGAAGGCAGCAAAGUAGUAACACAGUUUGUGUUUCCAAACCACAUUGGCACAUUCAGUUCUCAAAAGGAAAUGGAUUAUGGUUCACCAUCUGGGAGCUCCUUAUUGGAAAGUGGUGGUUCAGCAAGGACCGAUUAUAGAGCCAUCCAAUUGGCCAAGAGCAAAAAGAAGGGAGGAACUGGCAGUCCUGGAUCGUCUCCUACACAGAAGAAAAGUAAAAGUACAAAGCCGAGCUCAACACUGCCUUCUGCUGGUGGCCGGUGUAACACUAAUGUUGUUAUGCCGAACGGAGGCCUUACAUUACGAGAUCCAGCAACCGGGACACAGUAUGUUCAGAUUCAGUUGCUACAGGAUGAUCCCCCAGGAGAUGGGGAUCUGUCAUUCCAGCUGAGUUCCCAGUCUCCAGCUCCACAUACUUCGCUCACUGUUGAUCUGCCUGUUCACAUUCUACAGGAGCCUCACACGUCUACAGAGGAUGACACAGCCUGUGAUAACUCUCAGUUUACUGGCAGCACAAUAAACUUGCAGGAUUUGGAAUAACUGACCACAAUGUGCGCAGGAAAAGCUUUGAACUGUUUAGGACAAGCCAGUGAUAUUCAGGGUUUUGUUUUUGUUUUUCGAUCGGGGUAGGCUCGCUGCCAUUUGGCUCACUGCCACUUUGUACAGUAGGAGCCAGUCGAUCUGAUAAUGCUGGAGCAAUGGCCCUGAUGCCCGAUUUUAAGCUUGCUUUUUAGAUGGCAUGUGAUAUUUGCACUAUGUUUAUUUGCCUCUGUCUUUUGCCUCGGAGCCUCCCACUGGGACCUAGCAAGAUUUCUAAAGGAAUAAGUCUGCUUUCUUCCUCUUUACACUGAAGCAAAGGAUUUGAGUGACUUACAAAAGAGUUCUUUUUCCCAUGUUUGCCAGAGUAGGAGGAGCAGAAAAGCCACAGGAUUUCAACAUUGGUUAUGGACUACUAAAUAUUUGGAUGCCUGUGAAGGAUCUGUGUGUUGGGAAAUCCCUGUAUCAGGAGCCUUUCAUGUAAUCGUGAUUCUGAUCAUUUUUUUAAAUUGUGCCGAUAUUCUGAACUUAUGUUGCUGUUUUAUGAUUAAAACCAGGAUUGAUACGGUCCACCUACCUCUGGGGUAAAUUUAAUUUUAUACCUCACACAGUAAUGAUAGGUGUGCCUACAGAGCCAAUAUGUUUGUGGAGGAAACACAUUGGAAUUAUAGAAUCAAGACAAGAACUUUGCUUACAUUCAUUUGUAAAAUAUAAUUGCAUUUAUUUAUUUGCAGGAGUAUUUUUUUUUUAUAUAUAUAUAUCACCCAGUUUGAUGGGUGUUUUUUGUAAGUGUAUAUAACAAAUGUGUGUGCUUGCAAACAUAACUAUUCAUAUGUAGAUGGAAAGUUCCAAUCUGUGACUAGUGUGAAAAAAAGAAAGGGGG